ACACAACUUGCUUCACCAUGUCUCUCCUCGGAAAGAAGUUCCCCACCCCCGUUGCCGGUCCCCUCGGCCCCUUCUUUGCUGCCGGUCUCGUCGUCCUCUAUGGCGUCAACUCCCUCCAGAACGCCCUGAUGAACACCGCCGAGUUCAAGAACGACCCCCGCAACCCCAACGCCAAGGCCACCAAGCACUAGACGUCUUGUUAUCUUUCUGGAGAGACAAAGCUGAUAUGGCGGACGUCGUCAUCAAGGGUUGAUUUGAGCGCGGGCAUGAUUCCGUUAUUGGUGUCGAGUUUGCGGGCCACUUGUUUCACACCCUGUACAAGCAUAUAGAAGAGAUACCGUCAUAGGACAUAUUGGUGAAUUGACAAGUUGUAUCAGUAUCAGUAUGUUUUCUUUUGUCAAGCUUGGGCUUUCCGGUUCGGAGUGCGCUGGGUGCGAGCUCAAGUGUGCUUUGAGAGGGCUUCGUCGUUGUCUGCCCGGGAUGCUAGCCAGGGCCAAUUAAGUCAGUAUGCCGCUGGUCUA